AUGGAUGACAAACGCCAGUGUUCGCUUGCCAAGGAAAUCCAGGAGGCUGAAGAAGUUAUCAAAAAGCUUCGGGAGUUCGAUCGGUCUCUGGCCAGUGAAAUAAGUGACCGUAAUAUGCUUCAUUCUACAUCUUCAACGCAUCUUUUAACUAAACUCACUGAAGGGUUAGAAACCUUCCUAGGUUUCGAUUCAGAGACCAAAGGCUACACUGGCAAGGGCAUUGUGUACUCGGACCUUGACAGGCUCUGCGACGGGGUGAUGGCGUUCUUGCACGGGGUGCUAGAGACUGUUAAGGGGGAUGAGAGUGUUAAGAAAUAUGAUAAUUAUCUUAAUACAAAUGAGAAAUUGAAUGAUGUCCUUCAACAUCUCCACUCUUCCAUUGGCCAGGGACGCAGUGUCUUUGGUACGCAGGUUGGAAAGGUGAAUGACAGGACUACAGGAGUGUCAUAUGAAUUAGGUAAAUAUGUUCAAGAUGUUUCAAGACAACAAGACAAGCCCCUCAAGGAGCAACUGACCAAGUGGACCAAGACAGUCACUGACAUUAAUAAUCACAUUAACAACAACAUAAUCACUAAUGCUAAUAAAUUAGACCCCGCACUUAGCGAUAAGAUAACGCGUCAAAUUGAGCCCGUGCAGAAGGUGGUGGCGCAGUUGGGGAGGGUGGCGAAAAAUGAUGCUGUCAUCCAGCAAGCCAAGUUGGUGGAUGAUCAGUUGCUUAUGCAGAAAGAGCAAAUUAAGCAUGAGAUCAAAGAAAACACUCGUGUAGUUUUCAAGACACUGAAUGAACAGUUGAGAAAAAUCAAUGAAGAAAUUGAAAGCCUAAGGUUAAAAAGGAUAAAUCAAUUUGGUAAUAUAAGGAGGGCUAUAAAGGAUUCUGCGGAUUUUAUGGAAGCUUAUAAUCAUGAGUAUAAAGACAAGAUCACAGAGAAAUUUGAAGAGAUUAAGACAGAAAUUAAGGAUGCCUAUACUAACAUAGCCACCAAAAAAGCGGAGCUUGACGGAUUUGUUAACAGUGCUUGGAAGGAGUAUACGGUGCUGAAAGAGAGUGUUGGCCAGAAUACGGCACAGCUAAAGACCGGCGCAAUAGGGAAUUGGGAUAAACUGAAGGAGGAAAUUAGGAACCUCGUAUUUCGUCAGAUAUAUGGGCACGGUGCAACUGAUGGAAUAAAAGGGAUUGUAAGCGGUAUCGGGACGUAUGCUAGUGGCUUCAGUGGGAAGACAGCGUUUGGAAGAUUAAUUGGAGAGUGGGUAAAUGAGAUAGUGGAUAAAGAACCGAUGAAGGGGUAUAUUACGGCAUAUGUUACCAAAAACAACGAUAAAAAUAAAUUUAGCGGUAACCUAAGUGGCGGUAGUGUAGAUGAGAUGAUCUCCCAUAUGACAUCGAUAGUUCAGGAUAAGAUUGCCGCUGAGUUGAAGGGUAUCAGACCUAUUUCACCACUUGGUAACAAUAGUACUGUGGAUGGCGAUUUGUCGGAUAUUGUACAAUUUCUUACUAAGUUCUCUGGAGAAGUAAUGGAUAAGGAGGAUGAUAUCCUAUUCGCGAUUGAACAAGAGUUGAAAGAUAAUGGUAACUUUUCUUUGCAACAACCCUCAGAUGACGUUGCGAAAAAAGAUCUUGAGAAGGCUCUUAAAACCACACUAACUGCUGUCGCCUCCACCGCCAAGCAACUCUCUGCUCAACUGGACAAAUUCACCUCAACGUCUAAAAUUGCUAACCUGACGCAGGCAAUAAAGGAUGUUACCUCAAUCCCCGGGAAACUUGAAGACGAUGGGUCACUUGGUAAUAGUAUAACUGAAGCGUUAAAAACCGUUAAAUCUAAGAUUGAGGAGCUUGAUAAAUUACUACUGGAGCAGACAGAUGACCAGCAAGGGUCUAUUAUCAAGAAACUCGGAGAAAUUCAAACGGAUGUUAAUACGUUCUAUGACAUUGUGAAAGAAACGAGCAACGGGAAGAUUAACGAAAAGAAAAAGGCGGCAGAAUAUAAAAUGGAACAGUUGAGGAAAGCGCUAGAAAAUAACUUCAAUUACAUUCGAGAGUACGUUGAGCAAGCUGAGGAAGUACUGACGCAUACUGCUGACGCCGUUUACCAAGCUGUUGUUAAGACUGAAGAGGAGGUUAAAAAAGGCAUCACUAAACUCAAAACAUCCCUCCUCUCCCAAGUCGAAGAAUCAUUCUCCACCCUCACAAAUUCCAUCCGCUCCCUCUUCUCCGCCUCCCACGCCGCCGACCUCCAGGCCCUGCGCGCGCUCGUCGACGAGCAACUGCGGGAAGUGCAAACAAUAAUCGCGCGGGACGCAGUCACGGGCGUGAAGGGGAUGAUCAAUAAAAUGUACGGAAAAGAUGGCAAGAAUAUUAAGCUUAUUGUAGAUGCUUUAACUAAGCAAACUUCGCCGUCUCCUAAAGGCAGUCCAGCUGCAACGACUUCGCCAACCAAAGACGAAAUUAAAAAAUUCAUAUUCAAUUUCAUGUAUUUCGCUGAUCCACUGCUACAGUACACUGAAGGCCAUGUAAAAGAUUAUUCACAAGAUAAAAAUAAUCCUCUUCCCACUGAACAGUCCCUCCAAGUGAGAGGCAUCCAAAAUGCGUCUGACACUCUACUUAAAUAUCUUGGUAAAUUUAGCGAUGAACAUAAUGCACAUGACCCUAAAAAUAAACGUGUUUUUAUAUUCGAUGAUAAAUUCUCCGAUUUACUCUCCUCCCUUUCCUCCUCCAUCUCCUCCCUCUCCCCCUCCACGUUCGCCGGCUUCCACAACCCGCUUCUCCUCGACGCCCUCAGGCGCGGCAUGACGCAAUUCACCCAGCAACUCGGACACGCGUACGUGAACAAGUACAGUGGUCAAAAACGUGCGGAUGACUGGGUGGUUAAAAACACUAAAAAAGAUACCGAUCCUUCUCAACCCGAACAAGUCCUUUCCGCUGAGGGCCGCAACUGCGCCAAGGUCUGCCUGACCAUACUGGAGACGGUGAGUGAGGACUUGGCAUAUUUGAAAGAAAAAUGUAAUACUACAAAUGGCCCUUGGAAACAUAACAAAAUAUGCGAAACAGACGAAAAUAAGACCAAUAAACUCGGACUUUUUUUCAAGAAUCGUGGCUUCACCAUUCCCAGUGGUGAGGGUUCCAAGCAAGAUGGACAGUUGAGAUGUAAAGGCGAUAUGACAGGUGGGCAUAUUUGUCAAAAGCUGCUUGAAAAGGAAAUUGAUAACGCCGACCGAAAUGAUCAUCUCAAGGCGUGCAAGCCAAAUAAAAAGACAGAUAAGUUUAAUGUUCUCGACAUUCUCACAUGUCUCCGCAGCCACCUUCAUCAAUAUUUCAGUGUUGGCCACAUCUCUUCAUUCGCCGCCAAAAAGUCACCGUGCUCCGUUUACGAGAUGCUUACAUGGUGCUGCGGCUUACAGUUCAAUUCUUCUUACCAGAAGAUGCAGCAGCAUUACAAGACGGUCCUUGAGAAAAAGAAAGAAAAGGAAGAGAAAGAAAAGAACAAGCAGAAAACACCGGAGCAACUGAAAGACGAACAAGAAGAAAAAGAAAAGGAUGCGUAUUUGGACAGUAUAAUGUCCACACUGGCUGUGCGUGGUUUGCCAUACCUAUCUGGCAACUCACGUAACAUCCUCACUACUAUCCUUGGCACCGGUGAUGAACACACACUGUACGCCUCCGACUUUAGCAACAAUUACCUUAAUUUGAGUUACCCCUCUUCCGGGGAAGCUUGUUUAGAUACAUUGCUUGACAUAUUACGUAGAAUGUUUCCCGUAUGUAGAUUCUUAUAUAGCCAAUGUAAUAGUCUGUCAUCCGACUUUGGUUGGGCCGGCUGCCAAUAUGGUAAGCAGGUCAAACACGCUAACUGGCAGUGCGAUAAGCAUAUUGCUGAUAAGGAAUCCGAGUGCGUUCCCAGGUCACCGCUUAUGUCGUACUUUACUGACAGUCUUCCCGGUCACCUGCCUCACCAACUAGAGUCUGUUGGUUGUACUUACAAGUGUGCCAUGUGCCCCAAAUCCAAGCCCGGGCAGCCAUGUUUAACGCCACUCGGCUUCAGAGGUUUCUCUGGAAGUACGCGCCUGGGCAAAGAGCUAUGUAACGUGCUAACCAAAAUGCUCGAUGACGCUGACCUCAGAUCCCUAUUCUGCCUUAAACCGAAAACGCCGGCUACGCUACCAGAGCACUUCGGUUUUGUGUUGUCACUUGUUAAGGAUUGGCAACUAGGCUUAUCCACAAACAAGAGUGGUCUAAAAUCAGAUUUCGAAGCAACAAUAGACCGCACGUCUAUUCACCUUUAUGAACAUCCUAAUAAACUAACAGACGCACUUCGUGACGCAUAUGGCAGCAGUCAGAGUUAUCAUGAUUCUACCAAACAUGCGAGUAAACCUGUUAAAGACACAGAUGAUGAACCUUCAAAGGCCGACGUGUCCAGUCUAUGUAUGACUAUUACAUGCCCUGGUGAGCAAUGUGCUCCUUAUAUGUCAUCGCUAUGCGGAGACUUCUACAUCUGUCUGCCAUUUAAGCAUUCCAGCACUUACCUCUCCUGGGCCAUAUACCUCCCAUGGACAUUCUGGGAUCUACUGAACAAUCUCUACAAUGCGUUCUGCUCUAUUACUUGUGCAGAUUGGGGCUGCCGUGGUUGUCUCAGAGGAGACAAGUGCAAGAGUGGCAAGCAUGGUGUCAUUGAAGAUGAGAAGAAACAAGACGCCGUCUGUCAGUGUGAAUCUAUAGUAUCCUGCAGAGGCGUGGCGCCGACGCUCUACCAGUAUGGAUUCACAUUCGGCGAGGCGUCGACGUUGAAUAGUGGUAGCGCAGCGAAGAAGUGUAAGGAUUUCUGUAGUCAGUUGAAGAAUGUGCUGCAGUCAGAAUAUUUCCAGAAGCUGUUCAAGGAAUGUGACAAUUUCCUAAAAGAAAUUAGAUGGCCAUUUAUGCUGACACUGUUAUCCCUCUGGUCGCUCUCGCUCCUCUACCUGCUGCACAUCGCCGUCGUCCGCCUCGACGUCCUGAGGAUACGCUCCCACCUGAGAUCACCCUCAUCGCACCGCAUCGCCGCGCAGUCCCUCCUCGCCGCCGCACGCGUCAGGGCACUCGCCAACGUCAAGUACUUCUCACCAUAA